AUUCACUAUUCAGUAGUAGAAGAAGCAGACACCUGACUCAACUGCCUAAUUUUCCAUUAUUAAACCCGCUUUCCCUUUCUUCUCUCUUCUUCAUUUUCUCUCACUUCCCUCUUUUUCAUCCCACCAAUCCUCUUCUUCCUCCUUUUCUCUCUCCUAAAACCCUAAAUUUUAAUUUUAAUUUUCUUUUUACUUGCAUUUGAAAUCUCCCCCUUUCCCCGAGACUGAUCUCGGAGGAUGAGUGACAAUAACAUUCCCGAAGAUCCUUCGAUCGGGUCCGGGUCUGUUGUUGGGCACGGUGGUUUGGGUCUUUCUUCUUUCUACACCCCGCCAUGUCCGGAUCAAGUUUUAGAGAAUGUUCUUGAGAACGUUCUUCACUUUUUGACUUGCCGGAGGGACAGAAACGCUGCGUCCUUGGUCUGUAGGUCAUGGUUUCGUGCGGAGGCGCUUACUCGAUCCGACCUCUUCAUUGGGAACUGUUAUGCAGUGGGUCCCGCCCGUGCAAUAGAGAGAUUUAGGAGGAUUAGAUCGGUGAUGAUCAAGGGUAAGCCUAGGUUUGCUGAUUUUGGACUUAUGCCUAUUAACUGGGGAGCUCACUCUACUCGCUGGCUUUCUGCUUUUGCUCAAGCUUAUCCGUGGCUUGAGAAGAUUCAUCUCAAGCGUAUGUCUAUUACUGAUAAUGAUCUUGAGCUCAUUUCUAUGUCUUUUCCUUCUUUCAAGGAUCUUACACUUGUUUGUUGUGAGGGUUUUGGUACUAGUGGCCUUGCUAUUCUUGCUUCCAAGUGCAGACAAUUGAGAGUUCUGGAUCUAUUUGAGGCUGAAGUCAAUGAUGAUGAAGUGGAUUGGAUAUCUUGCUUCCCUGAAUCUGGGACCUGUCUUGAAUCUCUUAGCUUUGAUUGCAUUGAUUUCCCUAUUAAUUUCAAUGCAUUGGAGAAGCUUUUAACCAGAUCCCCUAACUUUAAGAAGCUUAGGGUGAAUCGUUUUGUGUCCAUUGAUCAAUUGCGUCGCUUGAUGGCUCGAGCACCUCAGCUAACCCAUCUAGGAACCGGGUCUUUUAGUCCUUCUGAGGUUUGGCUACCAGCUCAGGAAGAUUUUGAUUACCGAGCUGCUUUUGCUGGUUGUAAAUCCCUUGUUUGUUUAUCGGGUUUUCGAGAAGUUGUAUCGACAUUCUUGCCCUCCAUACAACCUGUGUGUGCCAACCUCACCUCACUGAACUUUAGCUAUGCCAAUAUAACUGCAGAACAGUUGAAACCAGUGAUUUCUCACUGCCAUAAACUCCAGAUUUUUUGGGUGCUCGAUACAGUCGGGGAUGAAGGGCUUCAAGCUGUUUCUGCAACUUGCAAAGAUCUUCGUGAGCUUCGAGUGUUUCCAAUUGAUGCUAGGGAAGAUAGUGAAGGAUUUGUGUCUGAGGUGGGUUUACUUGCUGUUUCAGAAGGCUGUAGAAAGUUGCAAUCAAUUUUAUAUUUCUGUCAAAGGAUGACAAACGCGGCUGUGGUUGCUAUGUCAAAAAAUUGUCUCGAUCUUGUAGUGUUUCGGCUUUGUAUCAUGGGCCGACACCGUCCUGACCAUGUCACAAAUGAGCCUAUGGAUGAAGGCUUCGGAGCCAUCGUAAUGAAUUGCAAGAAACUCACCCGUCUUGCAGUUUCGGGGCUUUUAACUGAUAAGGCAUUUGAGUACAUUGGCCGAUAUGGCAAAUUGGUACGCACAUUGUCGGUUGCUUUUGCUGGGGAUACAGACAUGGCAUUAAAGUAUGUUCUGGAGGGUUGCCCCAAAUUGCUGAAACUUGAGGUCCGGGAUAGCCCAUUUGGCGAUUCAGUUUUACGCGCUGGUUUGCACCAUUUCUACAACAUGAGAUUUCUUUGGAUGUCGGCUUGUAGGUUGACCCUUCCUGCUUGUAGGCAGAUUGCAAAAGAAAUGCCACAUUUAGUAGUUGAAGUGUUUACUAGUGAAAUGCUGCCGGUGGAAGAUAAAGAUGAAUAUGUUGAUACAUUGUACAUGUAUCGAUCUCUUCAAGGUCCAAGAGAUGACGCCCCGGCACAUGUGAGGAUAUUGUAGGGUGAUAUUUGGAAAUGUAUUGGUUACUCUGACUGCAUUGAAGAAUGACCAGCUUCCCUUCUACACACUUGCAACAUGCAGCUCAUUGCUUUCAGCUCUCUUCCAGAUUUGAAUUCCAGCGUUGAAAUAGAGCUGUUAUUGCAAUUGCCAAAUUGUCACGAGUGGAGGGCUCGGUUAACCCUGCAGAGUAUAGUAGAAGGGUCAUUCUCGAGGUAUUGAACCAUUCGCGGUUGUUGUACUCCCUCCCCUUUGUUUUUAGUUUUAUUUUUCCAUGUUUUAUUACUCUUUUGUGCAUUCAUUUUCACUGUAUGAGACAAGGCUCUACUAGAGAUGGAAGAUUAGAACUGUGAAAGGCCGAUUGAAUUAAUGAGCUGUAUCAUUUUUUUUCGUGAUACAAAUUCAUAAGUUCGGGAUUGAUUAUAGCACGAUGAGGAUGGUGGACGAUUAAGGCUUCGAAUGACCUAAAGCUUCAAAUUUUGGUUCAAAGAUGGUGGUUUGCUAUGCUAUAAUGGGGGUCUUUCAAUUUUCCCUUUUGUUAAAGAAACAGUUUGUUGAUGAGAUGAGGAUGAGAUGUGUUCAUUGUAUUGUAGACUAGUAGCACCUGACUUUUAAAAUUAAAUGUUUUAAAAUUUAGCUAUGUUGAGAUGGGAAAUAAAUGUCAGAAGUAUUCAUGGGGAUGGACCAGAUUUAAGAGUAGUGGGAGGCUGAGAGCCUGGUAUCUGUCUCUUUUUCAUUUUCAUUAGAUGUAGAAUGAUCAAAUUUGAUUGCUGAGCCCCCAUUAAUUGAUGCUCAGAAAGUGUUGUGCAAGUACAGGCUUCUGGCCCCCCUUCCUCCCCCUCCAUUAUUGUUUAUUUAACAGUUUUCUGAAAUUUUGAAAUUUCUUUUUUAAUCUUUCAUG